UACAUACGUAUUGUAUUGUAUGUUGUGUGUAUGUGGUGUCCCUCUUUCUCCUCUUUAACCCACGAUACCUAAGGUACAUGUUACCAAUGUCAUUCUUUACAUCAUUAUUUCCUACUGCGCAAACAAGUCUCAGAUAGACCCUUCCAGAUCGUGGGUAGGAUUUAGAGGCCUGAAGAGAAAUGCGGCCGCGCCAACUGAUCUUAACCGGCGGGCUCGUCUUCCUCGGUCUUUGCGUCAUCACUCUUUUCCGAUUGACGCCCUCCGGCACCAACCUUUCAAACCUCAAACCCGGUCCUCUAUCGCAUAAAUACGACGCUUGGAAAGAUGGCUCCAACAACGCACCCCAGCCCUUGGUGCUCCCGGUCCCUUAUGAUCCCAAGCCGAAGCCUGCCCCCCGCGGAGAACAUCCCAUAUCCCAUUUAGUCGCCCAAGCGGAGAAGGAACUCGAGGCGACGAGGUCACGUCAGUCCAAGACAAUCAAGGACGCCGUUGCAGAGUACCGCAGGCGGUACGGGAUACCGCCCCCGCCCAACUUCGACAAAUGGUUCGAGUUUGCCAAGGCCAAGAACGUCCAGCUCAUCGACGAAUUCGAUAUGAUCCACGAGUCGCUGACGCCCUUCUGGGGGUUAAAACCCUUCACGAUACGCGCGCGCGCCAGGGAGGCUCUAGGUUUCGACAACGCAUUGCUGGGUAUCCAGAUCCGGAAUGGUAAGAUUACGCAUAUCCAGGGUGGGAGCGAGUGGCAGCGUGAGGCCACUGCGGGCAUGAUGGGAAAAUUCAUAAAGUGGCUACCCGAUAUGGACCUGUGUUUUAACCUGCACGACGAGUCGAGAGUUAUCGUACCGCACGACGACCUAGCUAGGUUAGUUAGGAGGGCCAAGGAGAUCAAUAUGCCCGCCGCCCGUUCCCAUUCUCGCCUGAGGAACGAGUUUACACCGAUGGGCAAGGGGCUGAAUGACGGAAGCAAGUUUGAGGAGAGCAAGCUGACGCGAUUCAACGUCUUUGCUCACCAGCCGACGUGGACCCAUUCGAGAUUAUCAUGUCCUCCAGAAAGUCCUUCUAGGGGGUUAGAGGAAGAAGAGAGAAAAGAUGAUAUAUCCAGGUACGGCUUGGGCGAGCUGGGUUUUAUCUACAAUAUCACGGCCAUGUCUGAUAUCUGCUAUUCUCCGUCACUCGGUUCGACGUUCGGCUUCUUCGACCGGCCCAACGCAUACAACAUCGUGCUCGACCUAUUCCCGAUUUUCUCGCAGUCCAAGAUCUCGUCCUACUCCGACAUCUUGUACCCGUCGCCGUGGUACUGGUUCGAGAAGGUAACGUAUGACGAAGGGAAAGACGUUCCGUGGACCGAGAAGGAGGACAAGUUCUACUGGCGCGGCUCUACAACCGGUGGUUUCAGCAGGAACGGCGGAUGGCGUCGACAGCACCGGCAGCGGUUCGUGAAGAAGAUGAACGCGGCUGAUAACGCUAAGAUCCUCGAGGAGACUCAUGGUAAAUGGGAGGUCAAGGAGGUACCGCGGGGCGAUUAUAAGGACAUCAUCGAUGUGUACUUCUCGGGAGUGGGGCAGUGCGACCCCGGGGACUGCGACGCGCAAAAGGAAUUCUUCACGAUCAAGGGGCAUGCGGAACAACAAGACGCGUGGAAAUACAAGUACCUACUGGACAUCGACGGGAAUGCGUUCAGUGGACGGUUCUAUGCGUUCCUAAAGAGCAGGAGCUUGGUGUACAAAUGGGCUAUCUUCCGCGAGUGGCAUCUCGAGUGGCUGAAGCCGUGGGCGCACUACAUCCCCCUCAGUCUUCAGGGCGAGGAGUGGCUCGAGGCUGUUCGGUUCUUCGGUCGCGGCGAUCUGGGAACGAAAGAGGCCGAGCGCCUCGCAAACCAGCAGCGCGAUUGGGCGAAUAAGGUCCUAAGACAUGAGGACAUGGAAGUAUGGUUCUUCAGGCUGCUACUAGAAUAUGGCCGAGUCGUGGACGACGAACGCGAGAAUAUCGGAUACUCAGUAGGCGCACCCGCGAGUAGGGCGGCGGGAGAAGCCCCCUCAUAACGAAAACAGGGAGACAGUGACGUUAAUAUGAGACGAGGGGGGGCGGAUAGGAUAGGAUAUGCUGCUACAUAAGGCAUAAUAAGAUCUGGCGGGUCGGCGUACGGAUUGUAUAAAAAAUAAGUUGCAUGGUCGGAGUUUUUUUUCCUCUGCUUCUUUUUUUUUUUCUCUUACUCGGUGCGCAUGCAAGCAAGUACAUGCGGAGAACGGGACGGGCUUAUAUAUAGGCUAGGUUAGGUACCUACCUAAGGUAGGUAUGUAUGUAUAUACCGGUUGAGGAUCGGACAGUCUGGCGCACAAGCCCCCUUUCCGCUCGGUUUCGAUAUACGGUAUAGGUUAGGUUCGAUAUACGAGGAG